AUGGGGGAGGGCCUGUGUCUGUUGAUCGAGAAUGUGGAGAAUGAGGUUGACCCCAUGCUGGAUCCUGUUCUGGACAAGGCCAUCAUCAAGAAAGGCAAGAAUCUGUACAUCAACGUCAGCGACCAGAACAUGGACUACAAGGAGCAGUUCUCGCUGUACAUGACGUCGCGGCUGCCCAACCCGCACUUCAGCCCCGAGUUGUCCGCGAAGUGCACCGUGAUCGACUUCACCGUGACGCUCAAGGGCCUCGAGCAGCAGCUGCUCGGCAAGCUUAUCAGCAUGGAGCAGAAGAGCCUGGAGGAGGGACCCCCUCCAGGAGGAGGAGGAGGAAGAUGA